UUGUCGCGGGGGAAGCGGCGGCCGCCUCGGACCCGGAACAACAAAGCCCGACAGACGGAGCCUGAGCCUCGGGGGCUCCUAGCAACGGACCGGGGCGGGAGUUCCAUGGAGACUGGGGAGCGCGCCCGCCUCAUCAUCAUCCUUGUCCUCCAGCUUCUCCUUCGCGUCCGGCGCAACCGGCAGCAGCGCUGCCGCCGCGUCCUCUACGGCCGUCCGGUCUUCCCACGGAUGUGAUCUUCGUGGUGGGAAGCUGAGUUUUUAAACUACCCCAAUGGAUGCAGACAGUGACGUUGCAUUGGACAUUUUAAUUACAAAUGUAGUCUGUGUUUUUAGAACAAGAUGCCAUUUGAACUUAAGGAAGAUUGCUUUGGAAGGAGCAAAUGUAAUUUAUAAGCGUGAUGUUGGAAAAGUAUUAAUGAAGCUUAGAAAACCUAGAAUUACAGCUACAAUUUGGUCCUCAGGAAAAAUUAUUUGCACUGGAGCAACAAGUGAAGAAGAAGCUAAAUUUGGCGCCAGACGUUUAGCUCGCAGUCUGCAAAAACUAGGUUUUCAGGUAAUAUUUACAGAUUUUAAGGUGGUUAAUGUUUUGGCAGUGUGCAACAUGCCGUUUGAAAUCCGUUUGCCAGAAUUCACAAAGAACAAUAGACCUCAUGCCAGUUAUGAACCUGAACUUCAUCCUGCUGUGUGCUAUCGGAUAAAGUCUCUAAGAGCUACAUUACAGAUUUUUUCAACAGGAAGUAUCACAGUAACAGGACCCAACGUAAAGGCUGUUGCUACUGCUGUGGAACAGAUUUACCCAUUUGUGUUUGAAAGCAGGAAAGAAAUUUUAUAAUUCACCACUUGGUGAAUCUAACUGAGCACCUUUUAAAACCUGCUGCACAUUGGACUCAAAACAAAAGAGAAACUGGACCAACAGCAAUUGAGGAAAUAGACUCUUUGAUUCAUUCGUGGCUACAGUGUAAGCUCCAGUCCCUUUGGAUGUUCUUUCAAAACUUGCUGUAAUAUAAAAAAGAAGUUUACAAGACAUGACAUUGCUGCUUUUACAAAAGGACAUUCUAUUUAUUUUCGCAGUGAUUUUCAUGUCCUCAUAAGCAGAGCUGUCACGGUGUGCACUACCUUACAUUGUUUUAUUGUUGUUAUUUUUUCCAGUUGGAGCUAAUGUGUUUUAUUUGUGAAUAGUCUUUUACAUUUUUGUAUGCUAAAUAUGGGCACCAAAGAACCUGUAAAAGUUAUCUUUUUCAAUUGAAUGUGCACAAAUAAAAGUUUGGAAAAGA